AUGGGAUCCUCGAAUCCAUCCCUUCUGGCGGAGGGCCCUGUGCUCGUGGUCGGUGCAGGUCCCAUUGGAUUGCUUACAGCUUAUCAGCUGGCCAAGCGUGGGGUUCAAACCAUCUUAGUUGAGCGCAACCACGACACGACGAGAUGGCCGAAGAUGGACAUCACCAAUGCGCGUUCGAUGGAAUUAUUGAACCAUAUUGGGCUCGCGGACGAGCUCAAAAAAUUAGGAGUCGACGAGAAGUUUUCUUUGAAUUGCGUGUUCUCCACCGGGCUUUCGGAGGGAGGCGAGGCGAUAGUCAAAUGGGAUCUACCAUCGCCAUUAGAAAUGCGCCAACGGAUUCAUGAGAGGAACGACGGAUCCAUGCCCAGCCAAGCGUGGCUCCGAUGCUCCCAGAUACUGUUCGAAGCCUGGCUCAAACCACUCGUUGAAGCGCAUCCACUGGUGAAGUCCUUCUCGGGGAUGAAGUUUGAGCGUCUCACAGAACAUGCGGACCACGUAGAAUCGACGAUCACGCAUGUCGAUACUGGCGUCGAACAUCUCAUCCGAUCCCAGUAUGUCAUCGGCUGUGAUGGUGCCGGAAGUCGGGUGAGAAAAUCAGCAGGCAUCAACCUCACUGGGGCUCCGAUUGGCAACCGGAAUUUACUGGUUCACUUCAAGUCCUCGGAUUUAGGCAUUCUGCAUCGUCAGGGUCAAUUCUGGCAUUUGUUCCUGUCCACGGGGGCUUGCGUCAUCAACCAGGACGAGAAGGAUACCUGGACGAUCCAUAUGCCCCUGCCACCUGAUGCGGAUUUAGAGACCCUGAAUGCUGAGGAGAUGGUGUUUGCGGCUCUGGGAGAUGCGGGCCAGCCGCAAAGAUUUACAAUUGACAAAAUCCUCGUAACCAGCGCGUGGAAUGCCAAUCUGUCCGUGGCGGACACCUACUCGACAAAGAGCCGGAGGGUACUUCUGGCUGGGGAUUCAGCUCACCAGAAUAUUCCCUUUGGGGGGUACGGUAUGAACACGGGAGUGGGGGAUGCUUACGACCUCGGCUGGAAAUUAGCAAUGGUUCUACAAGGACAAUGCGGAGAAAGGCUACUCGAAUCAUACGAGAUUGAGCGACGCCCUGUGGCGAUUCGAAAUGUCGCGAUGUCCGGCACCAACGUCGAGAUGCAUAUGAAAUACGUCAGUUGGGUCCGCGGCGAGCCCGUGGGGACGGUACGAAGUGAGACACUUGCUGGAAAAGACCUUCGUGAGCGGAUUCGAUCGCACGUUCUCGCCCACGACGGCGAAAAUAAAUAUCUUGGGAUCGAAAUGGGCUAUCGACACAUGACGUCUCCCGUUAUUGUUCCGGAUGGCGAUCCAAAGGAACAGCCGCCUUGGACGGCCAGAGACUACUUUCCUUCGACUUGGCCUGGUGCUCGUGCACCCCAUGUGUACCUGAACGACGGCGUGACCUCGAUCUUCGAGCGUUUUGGGUUCGAUUUCACAGUGGUAGACUUUACUGAGGAGGGACGUGUGGGUGAAGAGUUCUCUGCCGUUGCCGCUCGCCUGGAAAUACCACUUUCUGUGCUCCAUCUCCCUCAAGAGAAGCAUACACGACAGGUCUGGGAGCGUGAUGUCGUCCUGAUCCGCCCAGAUCAUCAUGUUUCUUGGCGAAGCAAUGUGUCCCAACCCCCAAGCCGCGAGGAGAUCGAAAACGCUCUUCUGAUAAGCAGCGGAAGACGAUAAGCAAUAGUGGAAGAAAUUAGAACCUUCAUUCAAG